AUGGCUAUUGUGGAGCAAAGAGCCCUAAGGAUUGGCUUCAAGUGUCUCUCUUUAGCCACUUUUGUGCUUGUUUGUGCUGGACAAGGUGGAAAUAGGGAGAAUGGGGGUCCUGCCUGCUAUGGAGGAUUUGACCUUUACUUCAUUUUAGACAAAUCUGGAAGUGUCCUGCACCACUGGAAUGAAAUCUACUAUUUUGUGGAACAUCUGGCCCAUAAAUUCAUAAGCCCUCAACUGAGGAUGUCAUUUAUAGUGUUCUCUACUAGAGGGUCGAUUCUAAUGAGGCUAACUGAAGACAGAGAACAGAUUCGCCAAGGCUUAGAAGAGCUACAAAAAGUCCUGCCUGGAGGAGACACGUACAUGCAUGAAGGGUUUCAAAGGGCCAGUGAGCAGAUUUAUUAUGAAAAUAUGCAAGGAUAUCGGACUGCCAGUGUCAUCAUUGCUCUGACAGAUGGAGAACUUCAUGAAGAUCUUUUCUUUUAUGCAGAGCGGGAGGCUAACAGAUCUCGAGAUCUAGGUGCAACUGUCUACUGUGUUGGGGUGAAAGAUUUCAAUGAAACCCAGCUGGCUCGAAUCGCUGACAGUAAGGACCACGUGUUUCCUGUAAAUGAUGGCUUUCAAGCUCUGCAAGGGAUUAUAGACUCAAUUUUGAAGAAGUCAUGCAUUGAAAUUUUAGCAGCUGAGCCUUCAAGCAUAUGUGCAGGAGAAUCAUUCCAAGUGGUUGUAAGAGGAAAUGGAUUUCGUCAUGCCCGCAAUGUGGACAGAGUACUAUGCAGCUUCAAGAUCAAUGACUCCGUCACACUCAAUAAGAAGCCUUUUACUGUGGAAGAUACUUAUUUGCUCUGUCCAGCCCCCAUCUUAGAAGAAGUUGGCAUGAAAGCUGCACUCCAGGUCAGCAUGAACGAUGGUCUCACUUUCAUCUCAAGUUUUGUCAUCAUCACCACCACACACUGUUCCGAUGGCACCAUCCUGGCAAUUGCUCUGUUGAUUCUCUUCCUGCUCUUGGCCCUGGUUCUUCUUUGGUGGUUUUGGCCUCUUUGCUGCACAGUGAUUAUCAAAGAGCUUCCACCACCCCCAGCAGAGGAAAGUGAGGAAGAAGAAGAUGAUGGAUUACCUAAGAAAAAAUGGCCAACAGUAGAUGCCUCUUAUUAUGGUGGUCGAGGGGUUGGAGGCAUUAAGAGGAUGGAGGUUCGGUGGGGAGAAAAGGGAUCCACAGAAGAAGGAGCCAAGCUAGAGAAAGCCAAGAAUGCUCGGGUCAAGAUGCCAGAACAGGAGUAUGAAUUCCCUGAGCCUCAAAAUCUCAACAACAAUAUACGCAGAACCUCUUCUUCUCGGAAGUGGUAUUCUCCAAUAAAGGGAAAACUUGAUGCCUUCUGUGUCUUGGUACGAAAAGGUUACGACCGGGUGUCGGUGAUGCGUCCACAGCCUGGUGAUAGGGGACGUUGCAUCAAUUUCAUGCGAGUGAAGAACAACCCACCCGCCAAGUACCCACUCAACAACGCCUAUCACCCCACUUCUCUGCCUCCUGCCCCCAUUUAUACUCCUCCGCCUCCUGCUCACCUCUCCACUCCCCCACCUCCUAGCUCUCCCACCCCACCAACGCCUAGCCUACCUUCCAUACUUCCCCCACCUCCUCAUGCCCCACCCCCCAACCGAGUGCCACCACCCUCUCGUCCCCCACCUCGGCCUUCUCUCUAG